CAUCUCGUUACGCCAUUUUUGUUGGGGAGCAGUCGUGUCCAGAAAAGGAGGAUUAGAUUCAGUACAGGUACAUCAGAACGGUAGCUCGUAUAUUCAUCUCUCCGAGUUGCUAACGGGGACAGUUUGCUUGUCCAUCACACUCACACAAUGUCGUCAGAAAACCUGGACUCGGACACUCAGGUGGACUACGAGGACGAAAAACAGGACUCCCAGGAGAAGAAUGCAAACCCUGUGAAGGCAGAGGAGGCCAAGCUGAAGGCCAAGUACCCCGGCCUGGGCCAGAAGCCUGGCGGCUCCGACUUCCUGAUGAAGAGACUACAGAAAGGGCAAAAGUACUUUGACUCAGGCGACUACAACAUGGCCAAGGCCAAGAUGAAGAAGCUUCCCGUGGCGGGGCCCGACAAGAACCUGGUGACCGGCGACCACAUUCCCACGCCGCAGGACCUGCCCCAGCGGAAGUCCUCUCUGGUGACGAGCAAGCUAGCCGGCUAGCCCCCAUCAUCCUAGAAGCACCAUCACACCCCCCCUGGGGCUCCCGUCAAAUCUCCCUCCCCCCUCACCUCCCCUCCCCUCCCCUUUUUAUCCCCAGGCACCACUGGCUUUAACAUGUCGGGCAGAGUUGUAUGAGUUGAAACUCCAUUUGCUUGUAUGUGGGUGGGGCGGGGUGGGACGGCUGGAGGUUUUAGGCGACCCCGUGAGGUCGCGGCCUUCUCUGCCCCCCCACCACGCACAGCUCUGCCCCCUCUGCGCACACUCUGCUCCACCGCCUCCCUUAUGUCUUGGUUUUUCGGUGUUCCAAGAUGCAUCACAGUAGGUGUGUCAUCAGGCAGGGGUUGGAUGGGGUGAGUUAAUGCACUUUGUAGUCUGUAUAGUAUGCUUUUGUUCUUUUCUUUUCUUUUUUAAUUUUGCAUCCUAAAUGACACCAAAAUAAUAUGUGUGAGGGAGUUAGGAACCAUGAGCUUUGAUC